UGAGUGCUCUGCUGUCCUCUGCUGUUGGCUGAAGCUCAGAGAAGCGCUCGUGCUGCAGUUCCUACAAGACCCAAUCAAACGGAACACUAACCACGGCACAAAUAUGAAGAUGGGGGAGCGCAGCGCUAGCGAGUUGCUGAUUAUUGGGUCAAUAUUUAUCAGUCUAUAUUAAAAAAAAUAUAUAUAUAUAUAUAUAUAUAUAUAUAUAUAAUUGAAACGCAAGAGAGCUAUGAUGAAGAUGAUUAUGCUAUGCCAGGAAUCGAGCGCGAGACCGUUGAUCGCUCUCAUCAGAUGCUGAUGAUGAUGGUCGCGCGACCUGCGUGAUUUCCUCCCGCUGGAGCUUCCUGGUUCCUUUGCAUCACCUUAUCUGAGUCCCAGCCAACCUGACAGAAUGAUUGAGGAAGGAAGUAAAAGCAGCAAAUCCAUGGUGGAGAAAAGACAGCUCUUCAUGGAGAUGAGGGCACAAAACUUUGAUGUUAUUCGUCUCUCAACGUAUAGGACGGCAUGUAAGCUACGAUUUGUUCAGAAACGAUGCAACCUUCACCUAGUGGACGUGUGGAACAUGAUCGAAUCUUUCCGUGACAAUGGGCUAAGCACAUUAGACCACAACGCAGAGAUUAAUGUGUCACGUCUGGAGACCAUUUUGUCCUCCAUCUUCUACCAGCUCAACAAGCGGCUGCCCACCACCCACCAGAUAAACGUGGAGCAGUCCAUCGGCCUGCUGCUAAACUUCAUUGUGGCCACUUAUGACAGUGAAGGCCAUGGGAAACUCACAGUGUUUGCUAUGAAGGCAAUGCUAGCUACGAUGUGUGGUGGUAAAAUACUGGACAAAUUACGUUAUAUAUUUUCCCAGAUAUCAGAUUCGAAUGGGGUGAUGGUCUUUGCCAAAUUUGACCAGUUCCUGAGGGAAGUGUUGAAGCUCCCCACGGCGGUGUUCGAGGGGCCAUCAUUUGGCUACACCGAGCACUCUGUGAGAACAUGCUUCACUCAGCAGAAGAAGAUCUUGCUGAAUACGUUUUUGGAUGUGUUGAUGGCAGAUCCACCCCCGCAGUAUCUUGUAUGGCUACCUCUCAUGCACCGACUCGCUAAUGUAGAGAAUGUCUUCCAUCCAGUGGAGUGUUCGUAUUGCCGGAGCGAGAGCAUGAUGGGUUUCCGCUACCGCUGCCAGCAGUGCCAUGGCUACCAGCUUUGUCAGAGCUGCUUCUGGCGAGGUCAUGCCAGUGGCCCCCACAGCAACCAGCACCAGAUGAAGGAGCACUCCUCAUGGAAGUCUCCAGCAAAGAAGCUCAGUCAUGCCAUCAGUAAGUCUCUGGGCUGCAUGCCGAUCGGUGAGCCGCCUCACCCUGUGUUUCCAGAGGCAGCAGAAAGACCUCAGGACCUCGCACACACCACUCAGCUGAGGCCAGUGGCCAACGACAUGAAUGAUACGGUUCUCAUUUCCUCCGGGGCGCCCACGCCUUCAAAAAGUAACACCCUUGAGAGUCCCAGCAGACUGGAUGAAGAACAUCGUCUCAUCGCGCGAUACGCUGCUCGUCUGGCAGCGGAGGCCAGCAACUCCACUCAAUGCCCUCCAUCUGAUCUGAGUUUCAACUUUGAUGCUAACAAGCAACAGAGGCAGCUCAUCGCAGAACUAGAGAAUAAAAACAGGGAGAUACUGCAGGAAAUCCAGCGUCUGCGUCUGGAACAUGAACAGGCUUCUCAGCCCACCCCUGAGAAAGCCCAGCAGAACCCCACUCUACUGGCAGAGCUACGGCUGCUACGGCACAGAAAAGAUGAAUUGGAGAGGCGCAUGUCAGCCCUUCAGGAGAGCAGGAGAGAACUAAUGGUCCAGCUGGAAAGUCUCAUGAGGCUGCUGAAGGAUGAAGAGCAGAAACAGGCAACUCAGACGGGGAGUUCGCCCCACUCAUCUCCCAGCCACAGUGUCAGCUGCACCAUGCCUAUGCCCAUCCGCUCCACCUCAGCCGGCUCGACCCCCACACACACACCACAGGACUGCCUGGCAGGGGUCGGAGAUGACGUGCUGGAUGCCUUCUCUCAGGGUGUACCAAGAAAUCUCCGUAAUGAUCUUUUAGUGGCUGCAGACUCAAUCACAAACACUAUGUCGUCACUAGUGAAAGAACUUCAUUCAGUGGAUGACGGUUUAGAGGAAGAAGAGGAGAACAUGCGAAAUGGAAGGGAGAAGGUGUCAUCACUGAAGCAUUCUGGGAAAAGGAACUCCACCCCUUCAUUCUAAGCUCCAGGAAAGGACCAGCGACAUCAAAACCUCCCUGGCAUUCGCAUAUAGACAAAUACAUGCUCUUCCCCAGCUGGCUUUCACUAUGUGAAACCAAUUCAAUUCAAACCUUGCACAGAGCAAAUUGUAUUUAUUAGGAAGUAUAUAAAUAUUUAAAUAUAGGUCUAUAUAUAUAUAUAUAUAUAUAUAUAUAUAU